CUUCAAUAGUGAUCCUUUGCCACGCCCUUCUAUUCUGACCUCUCAAGUUGCGUGUCUCUUUAUAUGAUAUCUGCUGCACUGAAAGAUGAACUUUGAAGCAUUUGAAGUGGUCAGACUUGUAGAGAAGUUGCCCCUGAAGAUAUGCUCUCUAGCAACAUGGGGGGAUUCAUUUAUUGUUGGUACGUACAGCUCCAAGAACGAGGCUCACCUCUUGGUCUACAGUAUCAAGGAGUCCUCAGACUAUGAUCGAAUGUAUGAGGCCAAACUGGUGAAAACCCUCAAGAAAUACACUACAAAGCCAAUCACACAGCUUGCAGUGAUACCUGAAUGCAAUAUCUUCAUUGGUCUGUCAGACAGUGAGGUGUUCUUUGCUGAUCUGGACGGGUUCCAGAUGCGAGGACAGAUUUCUCGCUCGAAAGGAGCUAAUUACUUUGCCGUUGACUGGCAGAAAUUGAGAGGUCGUGGUACUAUUGGCUAUGGGAGCGAGCUGAGGUUGUGCGUGUCUACUAAGAGAAAGCUACAGCUCUAUGAGUACAAGAGGAACGCUUUUGUUCCCAUCAAGACCGACCUAAAUUUCCCGGACACUCCUCGAGCGUUUGCCUGGGUGGGGGACAGUCUGAUUGCCUGUAUUAAGAAAGACCUCUAUCAUGUUCAGCUGGACGGAGAUAGUAGGGAGCUGUUCUCGAUUGGUUCGAGUCGUUCGGAGCCGUGUCUCCUCCCCCUUCUCACAGGGGACAUCUUGGUGCUUAAGGAUGAGAUGCAGAUUAGCCUGGACUCUCAAGCCAAACCCACUCAACCCAACCCACUUGUCUGGUCUGAGCAGCCUUCCAGCAUUGAGCAUGUGCACCCUUUUGUUGUGGCAAUAAUGCCAAGGGGUAUUGAGAUACGUGCACUUGAGGAGAAAAUCCAGAUUCAGGUUAUGAAGAAUGUUGAAGCCAUGAAAUUCAUUGCAAGUGCCCAAAACACGGUCAUUGCCAGUACCAAUCAGGUGUACCUGUUGGAGCCAAAGCCCUAUGAUAUACAGGUCUCCCAUCUAGUGCAGCGGAAGCAUUUUGAUCUGGCUCUCAAGAUAGCGGAAUUGAUCAGCGAGCCGGCCACUGAAAAGACCUUUCGUCGACACGAGAUCCUGCGACGAUGUGCCUUCCAUCAGUUCACUCAGCACAAGUUUGUUGAUUCUCUAACCAACUAUCUCGAAGUCAACGAAGACCCGGUACAUGUGAUUGGACUCUACCCGAACCUCCUCCCAGCCGACCUCCGCCAGUCCCUUUCUUCUCAACACCCCACCAAGCCACCCACCCUCUCUGGAGUGGAUCUGGAGAACGGCAUGAAGAGCCUCAUUACCUACCUAACACAGACACGUUACAAAGAGACGCAAAAGCUACAGAAGCAUCGAGACACAGAAGCCACUAAAGCUGAGAACAGGCUUAGUGAUGAUGCUGUCAAAAAGCUCACAGAGAGAUUGCAGCUUAUUGACACAACUCUACUAAAAUGCUACGUAAAGACGGGCAAUCACACCCUGAUUGGAUCCCUAGUCCGCCUGCCUGAAAACUACCUCCACAUAACCGAGUGUGAGAGAGUGCUGAAGGCAGAGGACAAGUUUCAGGAGCUUAUUGACCUCUACAACUCAAAGAAGCUGCACAAGAGAGCUCUGCAGCUGCUCUCCAAGUUUGCACAGGGCCCCAACAGUCCGAUGUCAGGUGUGUGGCCUACCAUAGAGUACCUCAACAGACUGUCCACCAAAUAUUUUGACCUCGUGUUGGAGUACUCGAUCGUGCCUUUGAAGAAUGAACCGCAUGAUGCAAUCAGGAUAUUCACCGAUGAUGUGGAGGAGGUGAGGGCAUAUCCACGACAACAUGUCCUGGACCACCUCUCGCAACAUGCCCCUGACCUUACCAUUACAUAUCUGGAGCACAUCAUCGACAGGUGGGAUGACACAACGGUGCGGUUUCACAACAAACUGAUCCAGCUCUACCAGACCAGGGUCAUCAAACUGCUGGAGGAGUACAAGAUGAGAAUCAAAGGCAAGCCUCGAGCGAGGGCGGGGGAGGAGCCUGGUGACUUGGGAGUGCUGAGGACCAAGCUGUUACGUUUCUUAGCAACCUCCAGACAUUACGUUGCUGCUGAACACAUCACCUCUUUCCCACAAGACGACUUGUUUGAGGAACGAGCUCUUCUGCUGUCCAGAUUAGAGAAGCACGAGGUUGCACUGGCCAUCUACGCUCAUGUACUCAAGGAACCAGAACUGGCUGAAGAUUACUGUAGGAGAAACUAUGACCCUGAGAGAGAGGAGAGCCGUGAGGUGUACCUCUGCCUCAUCAAGAUGUACUUGUCUCCGCCCAAUCUGGCAGACUACGGCAUCCGUCUCCCCGAUGGCUCGCAGCCUGACGCAAAUGUGGAGGAUGCUCUGAAAGUUCUGGCCUCUCACCACGGGCUCAUUGACACAGCGAAGGUAUUAGAUCUGCUUCCUUUUGAUACUCCUCUGUCGAAUAUCAGGAACUUUCUGGCCACAGUGCUGCAGGAAAAGACCCUACUCCGGAGAAACACUCAGCUAAUGAAGAGUCUGCUAGGAGCAGAGUACCUUCAGGUUGCUCAACAGAAAAUAAAGGAGCAAGCUCCGAUGUUUGUUGUCAAUGAGGAAUCAGUAUGUGCAGCUUGCAACAGGAGACUUGGAACUAGUGCGUUUGCCCGUUAUCCCGAUGGAGAGGUGGAGCAUUACUACUGUGCCAAAGAGAACAUUGCCAAAGAACAGAUAGCCAGUCCACAGCCACAGGUCAUUGAACAAGAACCCUCUUUGUUACCUUCUUCUGGCAAGGAUCUGUAUCUAGACACAAAUCCUUUUUGACCUAUAGUUGUGUGUCUUAUAUGAGUGUGAAAUGCCGUGAUUUAUGUGACAUGCUUUAUAUAUGUUGGUUUGUUUGCAAUGUU